UCCAUAGUCCAGUACCCGCACCCUAUAAACAAAUCACUAGGGUCAACUACUUCAUCCCCUCUCUCCUUUCACUAAAAAUCAUUACUCCCCUGUUUCAUUCAUAGUAUUUUCACAAAAGAAAACAGAGAGAGAGAUGAAGACAUGUUCCAACCUUUUUGCUUUUUCCUUCAUCUUCCUCCAAAUAUUCAGUUCCCAAAUAAAUAGUCAAGGCACAGAUUCAUGUACCUCCAGUCUUAACCUCAAAAACAAACCUCUCUUUGAUACCACUUCUUUUCUCUGUGUUUCAGUAUGGGAUGCACAAGGCUAUAUCCUCAGAUAUAUGCAGACGGAUACAAAAGUGUGGAGUUUCGUUCUGUCAGCGCCGAAUUCGAAUUCAUUCAUAGGUAUGGGAUUUUCAAGAGAUGGGAAAAUGGUGGGGUCAAGUGCAAUAGUGGGGUGGGUAAGCAACGAUGGGUCUGCCACAAUGAAGAGGUAUUUUCUUGGAGGACAAUCGCCAUCAGAAGUUAUGCCAGAUCAGGGGAAUCUUGAACUAGUGAAUAUGACAUCAUCAGUUGUAGCUGAGAAUUCAAGGAUUUAUAUGGCUUUUCAAUUGAACACUGAAAUGCCCAGUAAUAGGUUAAUUUACUCUCUUGGCCCUACCGGAAGGCUACCUUCUUCGGUCAACUAUCAGUUGUCUGAACAUCGACAACAUACCUCCACCUUCUUGGAUUAUAAUUCAGGACAAAGUGAAUCAAAGAGCCCUUAUGCAAAUCUGAGGAGAACUCAUGGACUCCUAAACAUGUUCGGUUGGGGUAUUCUGAUACCUAUUGGGGCCAUGGUAGCUAGAUACUUGAGGCAAUAUGAUCCAAUAUGGUUUUACUCUCACAUCACCAUUCAAUCACUUGGCUUUCUCCUUGGAUUUGCGGCUAUUAUCUGUGGUUUUGUUCUCGAAGAUCGUCUUGGCGUUGAUGUUGAUAGACACAAAACCCUUGGCAUCUUCAUUCUCGUUCUUGGUUGCUUGCAGGUUAUUGCAUUUUUGGCUCGACCAGGGAAGGAAUCAAAAGUAAGAAAAUAUUGGAAUUGGUACCAUUACACACUGGGAAGGGUUUUGAUACUUUUGGCAGCAGGGAAUAUUUUCUAUGGAAUCCAUUUAGGAGAUGCAGGCACUGCUUGGAAUGUUGGUUUUGCUGUUACUCUAAUUGUAUUCUUCAUCACUGCUGUCAUUCUAGAAAUAAGGAUGUGGAUGAAAAAAUAGAUAUCUCUUCUAUAUUCGUGCUCAAUUCAUGUAUUUAUUUUAUUAUUAUGAGGAUUUUGCUUUGUAUUCUUGUUCAUAUUUCUUCAACAAACAGAUAUUCUUUUACAUAUCAACCAAAAAGGUCUUUAUACUA